ACCAUAAAUUGCUGCUGUGCCUUACUAUUAAAAAAAAAGACAUUUAUUUUGUCUGUCGAGCUUUAGCAGUGAAGUCGCUGUCUGCUACACAUUGGCGGCGCCAAUUACUACUUACCACUCGUUAAUCUGGAAAUACAGACGGACAGUUUAUGUUGAAGUAAAAGUUAAAUGCACUUUUGGGAAGUGACGGAACGGAGGUAGCCUCAGUCUGGAAGCUGUUGAAGACACGAUGAAACUAAUUUUACUUUACUGCAGGAUGAAGAGACAACGUGAUCUACUGGCGACAUCUGCUGGAGAAACUGCCGCAUUGUUGCUACAAAUGAAAACUAUGCUUCGGCAUGUCGCCAUCUGCUGGUAAGUAGAAGAGUCCGCUGUUACUGAGUUGACAGUCCUGUGAACCCUUCAGCAUGACUUCCUCAAUGACCUUUGACUUCCCUUGCCUUUUCUUUUUAUAAAGUAAGAACGUAUGCAGCUGAAACUUGCGUAAAAUAAACUUUAAAGUGUGAGGUAAUAUUUAAAGUUACAUUAAAUUACUAUUUAUAUAAUUUUGUCAUUCAUUUAAUAAUCACUUAGUAACAUCAUGCAAAGAGCAGAGCAUAGAAAACAGCACUGUAACGAAACCUUUUAUUAACACCCUCUACUUAUUUAAUCACCUACUGCCUCAUGUUUCGUGAAUUCUAAGGUUGCAAGAGAUAAAAUUGUCAGUAGAAAUUAAAAAAUGUAAGUCUGUGGAUUUUUUUUUAUUUAACGUCAAGUAAAAUACUAAUAGUUCCUACGGUUCCUGGUAUCUGAAUUUUAAAAAAAUGCAUCUGUCAUGCGUUACACUACUGUCGUAAAACGUCUCCGUCUGCUGUUGCAAUGGCGUUUGCUGCGACAGCACUUUGCGGCAGCAGGGAAAUCGAGGAGAAAGCAGCGACAAACGUCGCCAGCGGAUACGUUAGCGCCUUUGAAAUCCGCAGAUUUAUGCAAUAUUCGGCGAACUAACUUAUAUAUUGAUUGUAUACCCCUCCGCCUUGUGGAUGACAUUGUGUUCGACGUUUUCCACGCGAGAAUCUCCACCUUAAUGCAGUGGGAUGGCCACAGUGCCGCCUGGGCCUAGUAGCGCACUGCCUGCAUCCCCGGCUGAAAUUCCUCCUUUCCCCGGGGCUGGGAGAGGGGAGCCGGCGGCGGAAGACGGAGAGCCUGUCUGCCACAGGGAGGAGUGUGCCCCCGCCGGUACAGGGAAGAAGCCGCAGCCGGUAAGCGAAGCCAAAAGGUCGGUCAAGAAUAAACAGAAAAACAUGCUAGCUCGAGCUAGCCCGGCGGCGCUGCACCUCAAAAUGCAAGCCCGAGAGCAGCAGCAGCUGAACGGCUUGGCCAGCCCCUCCGAGGACCGGGACAACCACCAACACGCUGGAGACCAGCCUGACAAUCCGAGAUCGUCCGUGGACAACUGUGACAGCAGCAGCAGCAGCAGCGGCAGCAAUGAGGGGGCUCCGGUCGCCAGAAACAAUAGUGAGCACUGCCAACACGAAGGCCACAGCCCCUUCUCCAAAAACGGCAGCCACUCUCCCCUGGUUAACAAUAGCAUGAACGGCAUGCCGGGUUUCACAAGAACUGAGGCGGCCUAUGAAGGGAAAAACGAGUUUGACCUCACGCAGCCCCCGAGACCACCGAGCGACGAGCCGUCGGACUCGGCCGGGCCCCGCGGAGAAGAGGAGCCGGAGGAGCAAGAGGGGAGCCUCGCUGACCUGCAGCAGCCUCCCUCCGCGGAGCUGGCCCGGCUCGACCUGAGCGGCUCUCCCGGCCGAGCGGAAGAGGAGAACCACGGCAUCCGCUAUGUCCGCUACGAGUCCGAGCUGCAGAUGCCGUGGAUCAUGAGACUGAUCACCAAGGACUUGUCUGAGCCUUAUUCCAUUUAUACCUACAGGUACUUCAUCCACAACUGGCCGCAGCUCUGCUUUCUGGCCAUGGUGGAGCAGGAGUGUGUCGGCGCCAUCGUAUGUAAGCUGGACAUGCAUAAGAAGAUGUUUCGCCGCGGCUACAUCGCCAUGCUGGCUGUGGACUCGAAACACAGAAGGAAAAGCAUCGGUACUAAUCUGGUGAAAAAGGCCAUCUAUGCCAUGGUGGAGGGUGACUGUGACGAGGUUGUAUUGGAGACUGAGAUCACAAACAAAUCAGCCCUGAAGCUGUACGAGAACUUGGGUUUUGUCAGAGACAAGCGGCUGUUCAGAUACUACCUGAACGGAGUGGACGCGCUGCGGCUCAAACUGUGGCUCCGCUAGAGGGGAAGCAGAAGGACGGGGGAGGACGGGACAGCAGGUGCUGUUCACCUCCAACACUAUCAGCUUUGACAGCCUCAGCUCUGCCCCGGUCAUUUCGCUCUUCUAGUCACAAACACACACACACAAUACACACACACACACACACACACACACACACGCCUGUGUACAAACGUAAGGAGUAUGCACAUAGGUAUGCAUAGACACACGAACACGCCCUCCUUUUUAUCCUUGACCUCUGAACAACUGUUGUUUAGGCAGAAAUGGACCGAAAUCCCACCUGAUGUUUUCAUGAAGGGGCCCCUCGUACUUUCUGUGACCAGGAGGAGGAGGAGGAGCGGGGUGGUGGUGGUGGUGGUGGUGGUGGUGGGGGGGCGGGCGUGUGAGGGGUGGUCUCUGGGAUGACCUUGACUGGGGACUCGAUGACACUUGAGCCUUGAAGCCGCGACGCCUCGUCGACGAGGACGUGAGGCGCGACGCAGCUCAGGUGAGGACGGGGCAUCCGAACCCAAAAGAGGACAAGGCGCCGCACCAAGCCAUCCGGGGACAAAACACACUUCAAGACAACAACACCACGUGAAAAAACAAGGAAGUGGGGGGGGGGGGGGAGGGAGUGAACACGGACUGGGAAGAAAAUAUUUGUGGAGUUUAUUUUUGUGUUUCUUUUUUAACCUUGUGAGUUGGGGCGGGGGACGGAAAAAGCUAUAGUGUGACUGCGUGUUUGUACCGCCUCAUGUGUUCCUUAGAAAGUGAGUGGCUAUUUUUCGAGCGUAUGCGGGCGUGGCUGGUUACACUGUGUUUGCGGACGGAGUCGUGCGUUCAGUAUGUUUUUUCGUUUCCCCCCCAUCCUGUCCAGCGGGCGCGGCGUUACCGCGCCACCGCCGCCACCGCCGCCACCGCUGCUGCUUCCAUCGCCCGCCUCGGCCCCCCCGGGGACCGAGGCCUGUAAAGAUAUGCAUGCGUUUAUUUUAAUGUGAGCGCGGGAAUAAGAGCGUGUCGAUUAAUCCGGUCUGAGGCUGACACUUCGAACCCCAUCCUCUGUUUUUUGUUUUUUUUUUGUUAUUGAGUGCGCAUGUUGGUGCAGAGCAGUUGAUUGAAACAAAUCACUCCAUUAGCUCAAACUUUGCCCAUCAUGUGACUCCACCAUCUUUUUUUUUUUUUUUUUUUUUUUGCUUCGGUGUUCUUUACUAAAUCUCUCGUCGUCAAACCCUGACGGGAUGUGGUUGGGAAUUUACUCUUUUCCUUUUCCAGAUCAGAACUCAUUUUUACCAAAAAUGCACUGCCAGCCACUGCAGAAUUCCCAGAAAGGAGAAAAUGACGUUUUUUUUUCUAAAGAGACUCCUUGCCAACGUCGGUUGUAGUCAAACGUCUCCUCUCCGUUUACCGAUUCACGUUUUUGAGUCUGAUUCUCGUCCUUGCAAAGUGCCACUCAAGUCCCUUCAGCGCGAACGGGCCACGGCCGCCCUGCUGACCCGGCGCACGAUCGAGGCAAAGUGUUACAUAUGCUGGAUUCCUGUUUGAGUAUGCUGUGUGUGUUUGUCUUGAUAAGAGAAGAAAAAAAAAAAGGAAAAUAGACAAGUAUUCUUAGCAGAUUAUAUUUUAUCCUUUCGUUUGCUUUCAGUUUAUUUCGAUUUUCUCAACUAUACACCUUUGUAACAUCGUGCUGCUUGUAAGCGGCUGAGUCCACACAUGCACCCCCCCUCCUUUCCCCCCUCCCCCCUCCGCCAGGUGCCCGAACUCACGGCCAAACCUUCUGAGAUGUCCAUCCUGGAACACGGUGUGUAGGUGCGCCCAGAUGUUCCGGUACACACUAAUUGGCAAAGAAAGUCCGCUUCAGCCGCUUUUGUUUUUUUCCUAAAAGUAAAAAAUGAACAAAGGUCAGAUGCACUUCUUUGGAAAUUGCUGCAGUGUGUGUGUGUGUGUGCGUGCGUUGUAAGUAUGAAUGUGUCUGCGUGCUGUUUUAACAAUGGUGUGGAUCUGUUUUGUCAGACUUUUAGUUCUCUACUCUGAGGCCCCGCACAGGGAAAAAAAAAAAAAAAAAGAAGAAGAAGAAAGAAAAGAAAUCAGAGCCUUCACGGUGCUGCGUUUUUUUUUGUUCUGGCCUAACGAGGACUUGUUUAGUUAUAGGAAGGAAUGAAAGCACAUUUUUAUUUUAUAGCGUUUCAGGAGAUGAUGUUGUUUGGAAGGCGGGAAAUGGAUUCGGGGGGCGGGAGCUGAAGGGAGAAUAAACCCUGAUAAUAAUCAGCUUGGAUUUUUUUUUUUGGUCGGAGAGAAUCAACCGGUAUCACAGAUUUCAAAUGCAAAUUCUUCUUUUUUUUGUAGCACUUCAAAUUAUGCAAUUGGACAUCUGCGUGCUUUUGUCUACAAUAUUUAAAGUGGAAAGCACUGCGAGACGCUGCCAUGCGGCACUACUGAAAACCUGCUACAAAUAUUGGCAAUAAGGCGAAACGUUCAGAGUAGACGGCGGUGGGAGUGUUUAGAGGAGCAUCUCUUUGAGUGACACUACAGGACCUCGUUCAUGUGUUUUUUUUUUUUUUGUUUUGUUUUUUUUUUUUUUUUUUUGUGGGUUUAUUUCCCCCUUCAGCGGCUCAUCAGAGAUAUUACACGACAGGAGCCGAGGACUGGAAGGGAGAGUAGAUGUUUACAGAGGUGCCACCCACACAAUGGUCUGUCUGUAUACGUUUGUGUGCAUUUGGAACAAUGGAUCACAAUGCUUUUUUUUUUUUUUUUUCAGAUUUGUAUACGAGUGUUGUUCUAUUCAUCUGAUAUAUCGAGAGCAUGUUUUAUUUUUUGUUUUGUUUUUUUGUGAAUCAUCUGUUGGGUUGGGGCCGACUUGGGUUGAUUUGUCCGAUUUGAUUUUUAUUUCUGAAUUUCUGUGCUACUUUAGCCCAUCCAGAGGUGUUUGUGGCGACGAGAGCGAUGAGCGUACAAUCUAGACCCCGAACACCAACUAUUAUCUCUGCUGCUCAUCAGACACUGUUUAGGAUUUUCUUUUUUUAUUAUUUUUUAUUAUUAUGACCCUGUUGAAAGUCUUUCUGGUUUACUCUGGAGGUUUAAACCUCCUGUCCCUUUCUAAUGUGUUCAGCCUCCGUUUCGGUCCUUUUUAUUUUUUUUUUUUCCCAUUUACGCACUGACCUCUGUUGUAAGGAGCGGAUAGGUAACUCCUUAACAAAUGGACCUGUCUCAUUCUUUCAAAGCAGUCGUCGGUUAUAGGACGUGUUUUAGUUUUUUUUGUCUCAAACCUGUGAAACUCUGGCAGUUCCAUCAGUUAAAUGGGCAUUACACUGCGAGCUGCGUGGCUCCCAUUUAGAUCACGAUCACAGACUGAAGGGCUUCGUCAUCAACAUCAGUUUGUAGCCAUGACUCAUGGUAUUGCCAGUUCUCUUUGACAAUGACUCCUCUGUGUUUUGGAAUCAGUUGUGACUUGACAUGCCAGUUUCAGUGUUCUCAGAUGUCAGUUUUAUUUCCUCAACCUGGACAUCGGCUGCACUGUCGCGACCAGGGGCGAAUGUCAUCCCACAUUUCAGACGAUAAAUAAAUCCCCUAGAGAAUCCGGUCUGUCGGUCAGAUAAAGUAACAUGGGUGUUGGGCGUCACCACCACGAGCAACCACGGGGAUCUUCCUGCAGUCUUUCUGCCGAGCGCCGCCGCCUCCAUUGCCAUUCAUAAAGUGUGCAAAAAGGGCGGGCGAGAAAGGUAUUUUUUUAAUUUUAUUUUUUUUUUUUGCAUGUCUGUUCUCCUCUGUUCCUCCUCCCCGUCCCCCCCUCUCUUGAUUUUGAUCUGGAAAUGUCCGAUAGCUUUUAUUUAAUGUGGAAAAAAGAACACAGAAAUAAAUUAUUUGAUUUUUUUAAUGCUGUAAA